UUAAGGAAAGAGUAAUUAAAUAUAAACCCUACUGCAAGAGUUUUUUUCCCUUUGACGUAUCGAUACUUUUCUGUAUUGAGCAUCGAUAAAUACGAAGGGCGAGCAGGUUAAAGAAGAGGGUCGAAGUUACGAGUUGUGACUUGAGCGAGCCGUUUGUGUUUAUUAGUAAACAAUUGCUCUUAUCUUGUAAUUCUGGGACAAAAAUGAAUUAAUAAUAUUAGAAAACUGAAAAAAGAAUCUCUUGUAUUUCAUCCUCGUUGAAAUAAAAAAGGUAUUUUUAGUUGUUCAAAAUGCCUCCCGUGCCUUUGGAAGGGCAUCAGACGCCGAUAAACAAUUCGCUGGGUCAGGAAGGAUCCAGGGGCGGAUCCAUUUCGAUGGCAGUACUCAUAGAAUUUAUUGUUCAGAGGACAUACCACGAAUUGACUGUGCUUGCGGAACUGCUUCCUAGGAAGACAGACAUGGAAAGAAAAAUAGAAAUCUACAAUUUUUCAACAAGAACACGCCAGCUUUUUGUUCGCCUUUUGGCUCUUGUAAAAUGGGCUAACAGUGCUUCAAAAGUUGACAAGUCUGCUCACAUCAUGGCAUUUCUGGAUAAACAAUCUAUGUUGUUUGUCGAAACGGCUGACAUGCUUGCAAGAAUGUCAAGAGAGACGCUGGUACAUGCUCGGCUGCCUAACUUUCAUAUUCCAGCUGCUGUGGAAGUCCUCACUACAGGCACAUAUUCUCGCCUUCCAUCUUGUAUUAGAGACAGAAUUGUUCCACCUGAUCCUAUUACACUGAGCGAAAAGAAGUCAACUCUGCAACGGUUGAACCAAGUCAUCCAGCACAGACUAGUCACUGGAAAUCUAAUGCCUCAAAUGCGGAAUCUCAAGAUUGAAAGUGGAAGAGUGACAUUCCAUGUUGAAAAUGAAUUUGAAGUUAGUAUGACAGUGAUGGGCGACGGGCCUAACAUUCCUUGGAGGCUUCUAGAUAUUGAUAUACUUGUUGAAGACAAAGAAACAGGAGAUGGAAAAGCCUUAGUCCAUUCCCUCCAGGUCAACUAUAUUCAUCAGGUACUUCAAGCGAGACUUGUAGACCACCCUAACCCUCUUACGGAAGUUUACUCUUUCCUUCAUUAUUUCUGCCAGUCCUUACAAUUAGAGGUGUUGUAUUCUCAAACAUUGAGAUUAUGUAAAGAUCGUCUAGAUGGAUAUAUACAUGUGGAUGAAUAUUCCCCUGGAAGGUGUCUUUCAAUAUCCUAUUGGAGGGAAUUGACUAGUAAAGAUCCCAAAUCUGAGCUGGGAUACAGGUUGACACUUCAGGUGGACAGCCAUGAUCCAGCAAGGCCACUGUCUGUCAGUCAUGUCCCGAACCUUGGGAAAAAAGAGUCUCGCUUGGCAGACAGGGCAAUCCGAUCUGAGCUCCUCUCCAUGGAAAGGCUUCUUGUUCAUACAAUAUACACAAGGAGCAAGGCGCGUCUGGAAGAACUUAAAUUGGAACUGCAAACCCUUUUGCCUGCUGUUCAAUGUGUAGUUCAAGGUUCGCCUGCAGUGCUCAUGGUCCCAGUUGUUCAACCAUGCCUAAGAGCAGAACAGCUUUUAAUCACUGUGGAUACACACACAGGAAUGCUGCAGUGUCAUGUCCCAAAAUAUGAAGCGCCAUUGGUGAAUGAACUGGAAUCUGCAAUUAACUCAGACCACUCGAAAAUUGCCACGCUCAUAUCAGAGCUACGCUUUUGGAUCACUCAGAGAAGGUGUGAAAAGACACUGCAGCAUCUACCAGCAACUCCAUAUGAACGGCUUCCUCUCUUGCACUACCCAGACCACCCAAUGUCAAAGCUUGGGCGACAUCGUAUGUUUAUCAGACUCCAUCGUCACCGAACGACCAUUUUGGUGGUUGAGAUGAAAGAAAAAGAAAAUGCCCCUAAUGAAAUAGACUAUACAUUUUAUCUUGCUGUAGUAAAACAGUCGUCUAUUGAAGAUGACCCCCAUGAUGAUUCCAUCGAAGCAGAAAUACCAAAGAUGUAUCUGAAAGUGUUGACAUUAAUAGAAUUCCACAGUUUUGUGACCACACACGGACCUUUUACACCAGUAGAUGAUAAUGACAGACCAGAUGCAAAACGAAAAUUGGUAUGGAAAGGAGAAAGUCAGGCAAAAAAGGCAAAGAAUCCAGCUUAUUUCAUUCCAGAGCUUGCUCAUGUUGUUGCCCUAUGCGACGAAAGGAUUCCUUUUAUCACUCUCGCUCAAGAGUUGACAAAAAGGGAUAUACCUCAUCAAGGUCUUCAAGUUGAAGCUAAUGCUACAGCCCUCGUUUUGAAGAUUGUUCAGAUGCCACCCCCAGCAGGUUUCACUCAUAACUCACCUUUGUACCUUCGCCUGCUCAAGCUACUGCUAUCCGUAUCUCUUCGUGCUCAUGGCAAUAGGGGCAUGAAUAAGCUGUGGAUUGCUGAAUUUGUUAUGUAUGGGAGCCCUUUAGCUUCACAACAUCCAAAAGAACAAGGUAUGAGACGCCCUGUUUACUUUUCAUAUGACAUGCUUCAAGCUGAGAAUAUAUCAAAGACAGUCGAUGCUUUAUUGAGUGACUGGGCUCAGAUUGUCCACCUUUACACCCUGGUAGACGACCUUGCAGAAUAUUUUAGAAUACAAAAAUACAAUAUCGCCUCAAUGGUGACUGUAAAGUCUUACAGUUAUAGCAAACUGACACUUGGUUACGGACCUGACAGAGCAGCAACUGUAACCAUACAGUGGAAUCCUUCAUCUAAGGCUUUUUCAUUAGUUUUUGGCGGUGGCGGGAAUUGUGUAAGUGCACACAGUGUGAUGCGUGAGCAGUUAGAGGGAGAGUUAAACAAGCAGAGGAAUCUGGUACAGUUAAUUCAUCUCCUCAAUGAUACAUACGCACCCCUUGUGGCAAUAAGUAAGCUACCCACCAUACCACAACUUGGUGUUCAUAAUAGUAGACCACAAGUACCCGUUCAAACUUUUACUGUGAUUUGUGAAGCAGUAAGCAUCAUCCGAGUGGCCUACUUAGGGCUCUACUGUCUUGAGAUCAGACUGAGAGCAGGUCGCCUUGUUGCCAUCAGGGACGCUGCUUACAGCAGAUUUGAUCGGACAAGUGUUGUAAAUGAAUUCACUCCUACACAAGGCCUUAAGUCUUUCCUCAGCAAGCAUGUAGAUGAAACAGUGAUGUUUAGAAGAAGAUCUCAGUCUGAGGAUGAUAAUCCUCCAUCACCUGUCACUCUUGAUUCAGGGGAGUGUGGUGUAGGCACACCUGGCAGUACGGGUGGAAGCACUAGUGGAUUUCUUAGUGGUGGGCGAGGACCAUCAUCACCGGCCAGAGGAGGUGGUAGUGAGGGCGGUCUCAGAUUCCAUCCACCACUCACACCACCAAGUAACCCUCACACACCAGCUUCUCCACAUACAACUGCUAACAUAUCACAGACAACUCAGCAUCAGAGUUUCGGAUCAAGUCCGGCUACCACGUCAAGCUUCAAUCUAGCUUCACCACCUUCAUUGCCACCCAACAUUAACCCCUCUCCAUCGAUGUUGCCUCAUCCUUCACCUGGUUCAGGAUUCCUUGCUAAUUCUCCUUCAAACCCUCUCCAUGCUCCUUCACCAAUGCCGAUUUCAUCACCAGGGCCUUCGGUUCCAUUGGGACAUUCUCCUGCUGGAUCUUUGAUGCAUACCUCACAUACUGAUGGUAGCCCUUUUCCAUCAAGUCAAAGCAUGGCUUCUCCUGGUGCUUCCAAUUGGCCAGGAUCUCCAGGCGUCCCUAGGCCCUCGCCAAGACCAGGUCAAUCACCUCACCCUGCUUUACACAGCCCUACUGAUUCCAAAACUGGAGGGCAAAGGGUUUUACCUCAACGAUCCUGGGCUGGGGCAGUUCCAACUCUGAUAUCUCAUGAGGCUUUAGAGAUUCUUUGUACACCUUCACCUCACCCACAAGGCCUUCACGGACCUACACUUGCCCCCUUAGAAAGAUUUCUCGGUUGUGUAUACAUGAGACGUCAACUUCAGCGCUACAUUCAGAGUGAGGAUGGUUUGAUCCCGUUAACAACUGAACCAGGAGUCGUUCAUUUUAAAGCUGAAACCCUUCAAUGCAAAGUUUUUCUAAAUCCACAGCAUCUAGAAUCAUUGCAUGUAAAAAUUUCACCAUUGCCAGAACACAAAGAUCUAUGGUCGCUAGAAGAACUUCAGAUCUUGGAAACAUUUUUUGAAACGAAAGCUGCUGCUCCGCCUUACAAACCAAACGCUCUCUCUGGAUUUGGUAGGAUGUUGAGUGUGCCUCAAAAUGUACUCAAGGAUUUUAUACAGAUUAUUAAACUUGAAAUGUAUCCAAGUAUCAUACAACAACAGCAACUCAAGUGGUCCGUACAGUGGUGUCUCCGAAUACCUCCAGCAGCAACUCCAAUUGUUCCAACAGGAAUGGCCGCAAUAUUAGUCUGCAAACAAAAAAUACUAUUCUUUUUGCAAUUGACGCGUAAUGGAAGUUACAGCCAAGUGGAUCAGUGCAGCAUAGUACUACCAUUGGUGUAUGAUGUAUCAACAAAUUUGAUCCAACCCGCUGAAAAGAGAGACACUGGUCCUGCUUCUGCGAUUUCAUCUGCAUCAAUGCUAUUACGUAGAUUCUUAGAGUGCACAAACAUUCAUGCAGAAUGCUCACUUUUUCCAGCAGUGAGAGAUCUUCUUGCAAACCUAACAUUACCGUCUGAACCACCUCAACAAGUUGUUGCAUCAUCACCAGUUGGCGUUAUGAUGGGGCAGGGCGGUGCUAUGCAAUCACCAGCAUCGAUGCUUCACUCACCCAUUCCCGGACAGUACGGAGGUGUCACCAUCGGUCAGCCGCAUCAAGUGAUGAUGCCUCCUCAGUGAUACUGGUAGUCUUUCCCCUCCUAUGUUCCUCCCAGUUUUAAUUAUGUUGAGUAUUAUGUUCCCUAUUGUACAAAGAAAAAUGUCAAACUGGAAUCUUCGCUAAUUAUUUGUGAUGAUUUUUAUCCUGUGAAUAAACUUGGGAUAAAUAAAUUUGUAAAUAUAUAUUGAUGUACUUUAAAAAAAUAAAAUGUA